AUGGAGCGCACAGAUUUGAACGAAGGCUUCACCUGCCUCGAUGCCGAGUCGAUGCGAUCAUUUUCCGAGAGCUUGCCUGACGAGUAUCACGAAUGGGUGUCAGAAUCUGGGAGGUCAUCCAGGUCAGUUAAGAUAGAACAAGUUGAAACAAAAAUAAUUGAGAAUCUGGGACCUAAUAAAACCAGAAAUGAGCAACUUCUUGACGACUUCCCUCGGCCACCAAGUCGACCAGGGAACUUGAACGGCGUGAAUGGGAAGAACCUCGACGCAAUCGUUGAAGAAGAAAUAUAUCCCACCCCAAAAACAUCAAUCAAGAACCUGCGCAGACAUGUCACAGCCAGCGAACUAGUAGUCACCGCAGCCAACGACUAUCCCCUCCUCCAGGAGCUCAACCCCCACGACGGCGCAGAAGAAUUCAACCCCAUCAAUGAAGAGGGAGCUUGCUACGAUCUAAUCGCACCAUGGGGAGGGGUUGAUGCACCUCUUCACAAACUUGAGCGUCUCACGGACGUCAUGUUUGGAGAAGAGCAUAUGUUAUCCAUCCUGAAUAACCCCCGUUAUCUCGCGCGAUUUCGCGAGUUUCUAAUUGAAGAGCGCCCCCGCUCUAUUUCAACCCUUACAUACUACCUUAAUGCAGCCAAGGCUCUCAAAGCGAUCGAAUAUGCCAAUGCGCUCGUGCGCCUGUCCACCGACAUUCCGCCUCCAUCUGUGCGGAUCGUUCAGGAAUCGAAUGACGCCGUUGGAAUCACAGUCAACAAGGUUCUCGAACAGCGAGUUGCAGAUGCGCUUAGAGCGUUGACGGCAGAGGAACUUCCUGCAUUCAUUACUUCAAGAUGUAUCACCAUUACGAGCAAGAUUGUCGAAGAGCGCGUGCGCGGUACUUUACCACUGAAGUUUCGCGAGACGUCGAAUGCGCUAGCGGAGGUCUUCUGUUUGACCGAUCCGUCGAGGCCUGAUAACCCCAUUAUUUUUGCAUCAGAGGAAUUCCAUCGUACAACGCAGUACGGUAUGGACUAUGUCCUCGGGCGAAACUGCCGUUUCCUCCAGGGUCCCAAGACAAAUCCGAAUAGUGUUCGGAGAAUCAGGGAGGCGAUUCGAGAUUGCCGGCACCACUCAGAACUCUUCCUCAAUUAUCGCCGAGAUGGCUCCCCAUUCAUGAAUCUCCUCCAAUGCGCACCUCUCUGCGACAGCAAAGGCCGCGUGAAGUACUUCAUCGGCGCACAAAUCGACGUCUCGGGUCUCGCCCUGAGACGAGACCCAGAGGAAGAAAGCGUGGCUGAAAUGCCGAUUCAGAAACACAAGGACGAGUUCCAGGAAAUGUGCGAAUUGUUCAGUCCGCGUGAGCUGAACGCUGUACAGGAGCACGGUGGCGAUCUCUUCCAGCCUAUUGCUAACAGAACCUCUGCGUCGGUGCGCGGGGGACGGCAGUGGUUGCAGCGUGGGGGCUCAAUCGAUAGUGAGUUGGAGGCCAUUCGUCUUCGAGAUCUCAAGUCGCCUUUACUGCGUGGGUCUUUGGCGGGCGUAUAUGAGAAUUACCUCCUCGUCCGACCUUACCCUUCCCUAAAAGUUCUCUUCACAUCACCCUCGCUUCAAAUCCCCGGCAUGCUUCAGUCCUCCUUCCUCGCUCGAAUCGGCAGUUCAAAUGCUGUCAAAGACGAACUCGUACAAGCGAUGGAACAAGGGCGCAGUGUGACGGCACGAAUCAAGUGGGUUACACGGUUCAGCACCGAGGGCCGUAAUCGCUGGGUUCACUGUACGCCUUUGUACGCGAGCAAUGGCGAGGUUGGUGUUUGGAUGGUUGUUAUUGUUGACGAUGAUGAGGAACAGAUUAUCAAUUGGCGCACUUAG